CGGACACGCCGAAUGAGCGCGCGCUCCCUUCCGUCCACGCGCCAUGAACACGACGCUUCGCUGCUCGCGACGAGGCGAGGGCUUUGGGAUUGACGGUGGGUCCGAACCAAUGGAAGCGAAGCGCCCGUGGGAGGUGGGCGGUACUCCAGGAUAUUGAUGGCUGUGGCGGCCUAUAGGAAGGAGCUUAGAAAUUACCAACAGAAAUAGUGGAGCAGCUGAGCGAGUCAGGCAGCAUCUGUGGAAGAACAGUUGAGACGGAGGAAUUGGCGAGUGAUGGUCUCGAAGGUGCCGCGGGAGGGGCAGGAAUGUUGGGUUGGGAGGGUUUUCUCUAUUUUCUGUGACACUUCCCACCCCGCACGCCGCCCAGCCAGUGAGUCGGCCACAGGCUCUGCUCCCCGGCUCCGGGGCGGACAUUGGUGCGCGUGUGGGGUGGGGGGCCCAGCCGAGAAGAUCGACACCGGCUUGGCCGGGUAGACGGACUAUCCCAAACCUGAGAGAGACAUUUUCUUUCAGAAGGCACCACGGAUCAGGGCUGCACCUUUUAAGUCAACCGACCAAGGUUUCUGUGGAAGACUCCCAUAAAUAAAGAUGUUGGUUCGGUUGUGGAGUCGGGAUUGCGGUGGCGACCCCAACUGCCAAACGGACAACAUUUGAAUUCACGCGCAAGAAAACCUCUAGACUAUGGCGAUUGGUUCGCCACUGACCAAUCUGACUCCUCUGCAAUUGGGAGCCCGCCUUUCUAAAUUUCUAUUGGUUGAAGUAACUGUCAAUGAAAUGACAUCCCGUCCUUUAUUGAUCUUCUUUUACAGAGGGCGACGUCAAUUUGACACCUUGGCCACUGGGAGCAUCGAUUCCGCCUCCGCCUUCUCCCGAUUGGCCGAUGUAGCUGUCCGUCUCUGCUGCCAUUGUCCGCCCUCUGGGCACAGCGCCUGAUGCCAUUCGGAAGCGGUUCCCCAUCGGCCUCUGAACGAAUGUCCCGCUCGUUGCUUGCCGUACCGGUCUGAGCUGCUCUGGUGUCGGAGAAGGGCUCCCUGACUCCUCUGCAGGCAGCACGACGGAUUGGAUCAUGCCGGAACAAGGGGUGGAGGAGGAGGGGAUGGACCAUCUACAAGUCCUGACCCUGCCUCAGCAGGCUCACCACGCCAUGGAGAAGAUGGAGGAGUUUGUCUUCAAGGUUUGGGAGGGCAGGUGGCAUGUGAUCCCACACGAUGUCCUGCCCGACUGGCUGCAAGACAAUGAUUUCCUGCUCCAUGGUCAUCGGCCGCCGAUGCCCUCAUUCCGUGCCUGUUUCUACAGCAUCUUCAGGCUGCACACUGAGACGGGGAACAUCUGGACCCACCUACUAGGCUUCCUGUUCUUCCUUUUCUUCGGAGUGGGAUACAUGUUGCAGCCCAACGUCAACUUUGUGGCCCCUGUGCAGGAGAAGGUGGUCUUCGGCAUGUUCUUUCUGGGCGCCAUCCUGUGCCUCUGCUUCUCCUGGCUCUUCCACACCGUCUACUGCCACUCCGAGACAGUUUCACGCACCUUCUCCAAGUUGGAUUACUCAGGCAUCGCGUUGCUGAUCAUGGGCAGCUUCGUACCCUGGUUAUACUACUCCUUCUACUGCUCCCCCCAGCCCCGGCUCAUCUACCUAAUCACCGUCUGUGUGCUGGGCAUCACUGCCAUCGUGGUAUCUCAGUGGGACCGCUUUGCCACCCCUCAGUACAGGGCCGUGCGCGCGGGCGUGUUCCUGGGUCUUGGUCUGAGCGGACUAGUCCCCACACUUCACUUCAUGUUUGUCGAGGGCUUCAUCAAAGCAGCGACGGUUGGACAGCUGGGCUGGCUGUUCCUCAUGGCUUUCCUGUACAUCGUGGGUGUUGCCGUCUAUGCUGCUCGCGUCCCUGAGCGUCUCUUCCCCGGCAAGUGCGAUAUCUGGUUCCAUUCGCACCAGAUUUUCCAUGUUCUUGUGGUAGCGGCAGCGCUCGUUCACCUUCACGGAAUCUCCCAGCUUCAGGAAUUCCGCUCAUCACUUGGUGCAGGCUGCUCCUCCAACACUGUGCUGUGAACUGGUCUCCAUCGAUCCAUGGACUCACUUGAAGCUUAGGGGAGAGUGGGUGUUGCUGUUGGAGGGAACAGAGAGAGGGACAAAGAAAUUGGAGAUGGGAGACGGAGAGAGAGACAGGAGGAUGAAGAAGAGUGGGGGGGGAGAGAGAAAGAACGAAAACCAGAGAGAGAACGAGAGAGUGCGUGACCAGGAGAGACAGAGGGGGAGAAAUGGACAGACAGAGGGAGAAAGGGUGAGUGGAGGGAAAGAAAGAUGAGUGGAGAGAGAGAUGAGGAGAAAGAGAGACAAAAGAAAAGUAUGAGAGGGGAGGGAUGGAGCCAGAUGGAAGAGAAAUACCGGCAGAGAGUGGGAGAGUGGGACAGAGAAAAAGAGAUAGGGAUGGGGGAGAGAGAGAGACAUAGAAUGAGAGAGGGGGAGAGAGAGAGAGAAAGCAGGACACGGAGAAGGAGAGGAGGACAGGGAUACAGAAGGAGGAAGAGAUGGAGACUGGGAUGAGGGGAAUAGAGAUAGAGAACUGAGAGAAGGCAAGGGGGGAAAGGAAGUGGUAGGCAGGACUGUAACGAGGCGCAGAGAGAAAAAUAUUGGCUGUUGUGAACUGGAAUUCAAAUUGUCUCUCAUUUUGUUUACAGAAGACCUGCUGGGUGGGAAUGUGGUGCCAGGGGCAGUGGGAGUGUUGGACAGGGAGCUUGCCA